AUGGCCAAGAGGGAUCAGCUACUCGAAUCUGAGAAUGCCUGGUACAAAGAGCGUAUGAGGGUGCUCGAGGAGAAGGCGGAAAAGAGGGCCCAAAUAUGUGACGAUCUAGAAACCGAGCUCCAGGAGACAGUCGAUGCUAAUGACACUCUCAAGGCCGAGCUCGAGUCGCAUAUUCAAAUGCAAAGUGUCCUCGAAGAGGCUCGGGAUGUUCUGGUAGCAAAGCUAGCCCAGGUCGAGGCCGAUUUGGAAGAAGCUCUAAGGAGCGUGGAGGCCACCGAGGCUCAUACUACCAUUGCUGCUGAGUAUGAAAAAUGGAAAUCUCGGAGGAUCACCCUUAAGCAAGUCGGGACUUACAACCGGACAAGAAGACCCGAGAAGGCAAUUGCUGCCGAAUCUGGUCAAAGAACUGAGUCGGUCCCCGAGACCGAAGUCCCCACAGAUGUUGGUCCGCUGCCCGACUAUGAGACUGCCGCACCUUCGGAGAUCCCUGCCUUUGCCGAAGCUGCUGAAGCCCCUCAAAGUUCUCCAACUCCGGCCUCAAGACCGGAUGCAUUUGAUGAAAUGUUCGUGGACACUCCUCCUGCUACCGGCGAAGCCGGUAGUUUCGGACUUCUUCCGAUCCCUCGAGCCAUGAGGGCGGCUAGUCGGACCUCCGAGUCCGGUGCCAGGGAUAGCUUGCGGACAAGAAGACCCGAGAAGGCAAUUGCUGCCGAAUCUGGUCAAAGAACUGAGCCGGUCCCCGAGACCGAAGUCCCCACAGAUGUUGGUCUGCUGCCCGACUAUGAGACUGCCGCACCUUCGGAGAUCCAUGCCUUUGCCGAAGCUGCUGAAGCCCCUCAAAGUUCUCCAACUCCGGCCUCAAGACCGGAUGCAUUUGAUGAAAUGCGACGAUUCUUCCGAAUAAACCCCCUGCAGCGGACAAGAAGACCCGAGAAGGCAAUUGCUGCCGAAUCUGGUCAAAGAACUGAGCUGGUCCCUGAGACCGAAGUCCCCACAGAUGUUGGUCUGCUGCCCGACUAUGAGACUGCCGCACCAUCGGAGAUCCAUGCCUUUGCCGAAGCUGCUGAAGCCCCUCAAAGUUCUCCAACUCCGGCCUCAAGACCGGAUGCAUUUGAUGAAAUGUUCGCGGACACUCCUCCUGCUACCGGCGAAGCCGCUAGUUUCGGACAUCUUCCGAUCCCUCGAGCCACGAGGCAAGAGGUGGACGAUCUCAAGCGCCAACUGGACGCUCAAAGCCGUGAAACGGAGAAAUAUGUGCACCUUCUGCGGGUGAAUGAAGAUGAGUUGAGCCAAGCAGUUACUCCUUCCAACCUCCGACCUGAGCUCGAUGCCACAAAGGCCGAAAAUCGUCAAUUAAAGCGUGAGCUGGCCAAGAUGGUGACGAUUCUUCCGAAUAAACCCCUGCAGCGGACAAGAAGACCCGAGAAGGCAAUUGCAGCCGAAUCUGGUCAAAGAACUGAGUCGGUCCCCGAGACCGAAGUCCCCACAGAUGUUGGUCCGCUGCCCGACUAUGAGACUGCCGCACGUUCGGAGAUCCCUGCCUUUGCCGAAGCUGCUGAAGCCCCUCAAAGUUCUCCAACUCCGGCCUCAAGACCGGAUGCAUUUGAUGAAAUUGUGGCGCUCGUCAAUGAAGCCUUUGCCCGUGCUCAGCAAGAGGUUGGCGAUCUCAAGCGCCAACUGGACGCUCAAAGCCGUGAAAUGGAGAAAUAUGUGCACCUUCUGCGGGUGAAGGAGGAUGAGUUGAGCCAAGCAGUUACUCCUUCCAACCUUCGACCUGAGCUCGAUGCCACAUAG